ACUACAAGUGUGUGAAAUUUUUUUUUGGAUCGGGCCACCCAUUUGGACGGAAUAGCCCGAAAUAGUUGUGAGCGGUACUAAACCCCACCCGUAUUUUGUUCCCACCAUGAAUGCGAAAGCUGUGCGAGAUGCAAUAAUGAGCGAACGAGUAGUGCUGAAUGGCUCCGCGCCCACCCCAACCAGGCAGGAACAACAUCGCGCUGUUGGAUCCCUAGUGGUACUUACACAGAAAUUCGUGCGUUUGAUGAAGCAAAACCAUGGACGAAUUGAUCUCAAAGAGGCAACUGAGCUUUUGGAUGUGCAAAAACGUAGAAUCUACGACAUAACAAACGUUUUGGAAGGCGUGGGCUUGAUUGAAAAGACACGGCACAGCAGUACAGUGCGAUGGUGCGGCGCAUUAAACACAAGUACAGGUCGGGAAAGUCUGCGAGCGGCGCAUGCGCGAGCCAGACAUUUGAAAGCGCUCGAAGCCGAUGUAGAUCUGCAAUUAGAAUAUGCUCGUCGCAAUUUGAAGUAUGUUAAAAAUGAUGCGGUUAACAAGUCGUACGCAUAUGUGACGCGCGAUGACUUGCUUUCCACUUACGGAGAUAAUGUAGUUCUUGUAAUACCUAACCAUGAUGAGGAGGUCAAAAUAGAGCCUGGACGCAAAUCUUUGUAUGUAUCGCUGGACAAUGGCGGCAAAGUUGACGUGUGGCUGGUAACGCAACAAGGUACUUGCAUAGCGCCUAAACCAGAAACUGCGCCAUUAAUCUCCCGCUUAGAAACACCUUCACCCUCUUCAUCGAAUGGCUCACGAACGAGCUCAUCCACUAAGCCAACUCUAGUCACUGAUGAGCAUACGUACUUUUGUAAUCCUGACCAAAAGAAAGAACAGGAUGAGUUAGAAAAUCAACUCGCGGUUCGUAUAAUUUUUAAAAAUUCAUUGUCCAAACACUCAUUGCGCCGAUUUUUUCCGGAUGAUCCAAAUUUAGGUGCGAAGCAAAAAAUUCUUAUCA